AUGUCUGCUGUGGUAUACUUCUCUUUGGCGCUAUGCAUGAUGGUGCUAUAUACAAGUGGUUCUGUGAUAAAGAUGCAAGACUUGUCUCUCUCGGACGGAGUGGUUUUGAAACUAGUCAUCAAAGAGGACCCUGAGCAUAAAGGAAAGGCAGUUGCUUCCAUCAAAAUUGACUUGGAUCAUCAGAAACCCAAGAGUGUGCGAAGUCUAUUUAAUAAUUUAAUCCCAACUGGGGCUAUACCUAAAUUUGAAGACAGAAUUCUAAUAACAAACAACAAAUGCCCGUUGGGUCAAGUAAGGAGAGGACCAGUCUGCGUUUAA